GGCUGUUACUCUGCCUCGUUGAGACGACACACACACACACACACACACACACACACACACACACAGUCACACACACGGACUAUAAGAUUCAACUUCACACCAAACACACCUCUUCCACUGAGAGGACGUCCACAGGAGGGAAUACUGGAACACCUUCCACUUCAAGCAGCUGCUGAAUCCACACGCUGAGAGUUUCACCAGAACAAAGACUCAAAGUGAAAGUAAGUCUCAGGGAACAGGGAGCGGCUGCUGCUGAGUUUUCUGCUUCACUCAGAGACAACAUGGCUUCCAGAUUAGAGGAAGAUUUCUGCUGUACUGUCUGCCAUGACAUCUUUAAAGAUCCUGUGGUCCUGUCCUGCAGCCACAGCUUCUGUAGAGCCUGUCUGCAGACCUGGUGGACGGAGAAAGUCAUCAAGGAGUGUCCACUUUGUAAGAGACCUUCAGAUUAUGAACCUCCCUGUAACCUGGUGUUGAAGAACCUGUGUGAGAGUUUCCUACAGGAGAGAGGUCAGAGACCUCCAGAGGCUCUCUGCAGUCUGCACUCUGAGAAACUCAAACUCUUCUGUCUGGACCAUCAGCAGCCAGUGUGUGUCGUCUGCAGAGAUUCAGAGAAACACAGCAACCACAGAUUCAGACCCAUCGAUGAAGCUGCACGACAACACAGGAAGGAGCUUCAGGAAACUCUGCAGCCCUUAAAGGAGAAGUUAGAGACUUUUAAAGAAGUUAAAGUGAAGUUUGAUCAAACAGCAGGACACCUGAAGGUCCAGGCCCGACGCACAGAGACGCAGAUUAAGAAGCAGUUCAAGAAGCUUCACCAGUUUCUAGAAGAGGAAGAGGAGGCCAGGAUGGCUGCACUGAGGGAGGAAGAGGAGCAGAAGAGGAGGGUGCUGGAGAGGAAGAUGGAGGCUGUGAGCAGAGAGAUAGCAGCUCUUUCACACACAGUCAGAGACACAGAGGAGGAGCUGAGAGCUGAAGACGUCUCCUUCCUGCACAACUACAAGGCUGCAGUGGAGAGGCUGCAGCGCCCCCUGCUGGAGGACCCACAGCUGCCCUCAGGAGCUCUGAUAGACCAGGCCAAACACCUGGGCAACCUCAGCUUCAACAUCUGGAGCAAGAUGAAGGACAUGGUGUCCUACUCUCCUCUCAUCCUGGACUCAAACACUGCUCAUCCACGACUCAUCCUGUCUGAAGAUCUGACCAGUGAGAGGAGGGAGAGGAGGGAGAGAGGAACAGAACUUCCUGAUAAUCCAGAGAGGUUUGAUGACUGCUCAGUCCUGGGCUCUGAGGGCUUUGACUCAGGGACUCACAGCUGGGAGGUCCAGGUUGGAGACAAUACAGGCUGGGAACUGGGUGUGUUAGCAGAGUCUGUCCAGAGGAAGGGAGACAUAGAGUCUGGAUUAUGGAGAAUAGAUUAUUAUGAAGGUGAAUACUCAGCACGGUCACCAUCAGCUCCAGAAACUCCUCUCCUCCUGCAGAAGAAGCUCCAGAGGGUCAGAGUGAGUCUGGACUGGAACAGAGGACAGCUGUCGUUCUCUGAUCCUGACACGAACACACACAUACACACCUUCACACACACUUUCACUCAGAGGAUGUUUCCAUUCAUUAGCAAUUGGGAUGUGCGCCCACUUCAGGUGUUACCAGUGAAGGUCUCUGUGACUGUAGAACAACAUGAUGAUGAAGAUGAUGAUGAUGGUCAUGAUGAUGAUGAUGAUGAAUAUGCUUAGCUAUGCAGACCUUCCUGCUAAGUGUUCCUUUCUCCCAAACAGUGAAGGCUUCUCAGAUGGUUGUUAGCAGGUUAACCCUUAAAGACAGAGCUGGAGGAUUCCUCAGAGAUAUGUCAAACUGUUCCUUUAAUGUUUGGUCAGGAGGCAGCUGAUGUAUUUCAGUGUUUGAGUUGAUCAGGGACCAGUCGUAUAAGUUUGUGUUCAGCUCAGUGUGAUUUUAUUUUCUGGUGACUUGUUGUUAAUCAAAUAAAUGAAAAAGAAAAGAAAGUUCUGAGUAUCUUAUUUUGGCAAAAGAGUGAAUUGACUUUUUACAGCUGAGGUUAAACUUCUCAAAUGAACAAAAACAAAACAGUUUGCAGACAGGCAGCACAAAGGAACACUAUAACAGUUCAAGGGACACAAGAAGGUGAGAAAGGUAUGAUGAUAACAAUAAAAUACAAUAUAUUAAACCUCUCUGAAAAAUACAGGAAGACAAAAGAAAGUAAUAUAAUCAAAUAGAGGAACCCUCUCCAGACGGACAGACGUGCAAUAGAUGUGUGUACGUUAAAAAGAUAAACCAGUUACACCACAGGUCGUCCAAAUGCUGGAGCACGUCUGUAAAGAAGAAGAAGAUGGAUCCAGGCGGAUGCCGUGGAUCCUGCGGGGGCCACCGGUGGGUUUCUCUUCUUCAUGAGACAUGUUGCACAGCAGCACUUUGCACCUGCACCAGGUUACACUCUUUGGGUGUUGAGCAAUGGAGGAGGUGCAGUGGUGGUUUUCGUUCUUCUUUGCCACAAAAUAUACUUUACAAUCAUUCUGAAUAUUAACACAAGGAUGAGACAACGUUUGAGACAUUAAAGAUACCCUGCAUUCAGAA